AGAAGAGUGUCAUUUGUCAUGCACAUAACAUAAUCUGCUUGGAUGCAUGGCUGAUCAUUUCUUUGAUCUGAUCGUCCACCUCAGCAUCUUGUGAUCCAGAAUAAACACCACCAUCAGCUAUCGUGUUAACGGCACCCGCAGAAAGUAGGUCAAGUUUUUUGUUUUUCCCAGGAAGUCUAUCAUGGCCUUAAACGUCUCUGCUAUCGUUGCUUUCAGAGGAAUAAGUGAGAGUACAUCUACAGAAGACUUACCAAGGUCUACCAAAGCAUCCUUCACCGAUAGCAUCGCAGCAUCCUUCACCGAUAGCAUCACCGUUACCUCCCCAGAAUACACUUACUAUGACUACCCCGAGGGUGACUAUGGGAGGUGCGUGUAUGAGCGUCACGUGGCCAACUUUCUUCCAGCCCUCUACGUCAUUUUCUUCCUCCUGGGCCUUCUGGGUAACUCUCUGGUCAUCUGGGUCAUUGCUUGUGGUGUACGACUCCGCAGCAUGACCGACGUGUGCCUCUUAAACCUGGCUGCCGCCGACCUUCUCUUGGUGUGCACCCUUCCCUUCCUAGCCCACCAAGCCCAGGACCAGUGGCUGUUUGGGGACGCUAUGUGCAAAGUGGUCCUGGGUAUAUAUCAUAUCGUCUUUUACUGUGGGAUCUUUUUCAUCAGUCUAAUGAGCAUCGACCGCUACCUGGCUAUAGUACACGCCGUUUACGCUGUGAGAGCACGGACAAGGUCCUUUGGAAUGAUCGCGGCUGCCGUUACUUGGGUGGCUGGAUUUUUGGCUUCUUUCCCUGACCUGAUCUUUCUCAAACAGCAGCCUGGUGCUAAUAUGACUCAGUUCUGCUACCCUGUAUAUCCCAAAGCGGAUUUGGAUGACCCCACCAACACGCACUUCUGGACGAUCUUCAGCCUGUUUAAAAUAAACAUUUUGGGUCUUUUUGUCCCCGUUUUCAUCAUGGGUUUCUGCUACUCACAGAUUGUCUGGAGGCUGCUGUACAGCCACUCAUCCAAGAAACAGGCCAUCCAUUUGGUUCUCAUAGUGGUGGCCGUUUUCCUCUGCUGCUGGGUCCCCUACAACAUUGCGUCCUUCUUCAAAGCACUGGAGCUAUUGCACAUCUACACGGAAUGUGAGAGCAGCAAAGCCAUCAGACUGGCUUUACAAGCCACUGAGGCCAUUGCCUGCUCGCACAGCUGCCUCAACCCCAUCCUGUACGUGUUUGUUGGGCAGAAGUUCAGGAGGCACCUGCUGCGGUUGAUAAACAGGGCUCCCUGCAGGCUGUGUAAGGUGGUCAAGGUCUUCAUGCCUCAGGACAGAAACACCGCAUCAGUCUACUCAAUGACCACCAGCCUGGACGAGAGGAGCACUGCCGUCUGAUGUGUGUUGUUUCUAUCAACGCUAGGUUGCUAAUUAUACGAAUUGUAAAUAUAGUUUUGGGUAUGCAAACACGCUGCUGGCUGAAGCAGAGUGAGAAACAGUGUCAACUAGAACAGUCACCAGCUGCCAAAAUAUAAACAGACAGCAAGCCAGAGCCGAACUCAGAGAUACCGACCAUUUCGUUGCAUGCAAUCAAGGGGAGACACCGUUAAGAGAAGUGAAAUGAAUAUUAUAUCUCCUCUCUCACAACUGCAUCGGCUUUCUGUAGCAACCCGUUGCAGAGCAAAAGGUCCCCGGUGAAGCUGGAAGCGUUACAUAUUGUCACGAUCAGGCUUUGCCUUGUGUGUUCUGUGUGUGUUUUUCUGUAGCUCCUCACUCUACCUGUCAGCCA